AUGGCGGAAACCGUUCAAAAGAUGACAUGGGUGUAUCAAAACCCGCCUACCGCACUGCUGGAACCGGGCGUAACCACCACCUUUGAGAACCGGCCUGUGCAGCUUGUAGCACCCCCUGGUGGCGUGGUCGUCAAGCUUCUAGUUGUCGGGAUGGAUCCCCACCAGCGAGACCGCAUGCGUGGAGUCGGCAACGUGAGCUAUGUUCCACCUUACGAGAAAGGAGAACCGGUCUCCAACUUCUCUAUUGGUAAGGUCAUCCGUACAGACAACCCCGACUGGGAAGACGGCUGCUUGAUCGCCGGUAUGCUACCCAUCUCGGAGUAUGCCGUCUUGGAUCUCGAUUACCUCAACUUCAAGGUAUAUGCCGCGAAUGUCGUGCGAAAGGUGACCAACCACUACAAUCUGGACCUCAAGCACUUCGUCGGCACGCUGGGUUUGGCGGGUAUGACCGCAUGGCUCUCAUUCUACGGCCACGUCAAGCCCCGCCCAGGCGAGACCAUUUGGGUCAGUGCAGCAUCAAGCUCGGUUGGCGAAGUUGUGGUGCAGCUGGCUAAGAUGAAGGGGAUGAAGGUGAUUGCGAGCGUGAGCUCGGACGAGAAGCUAAAAUGGGUGGUCGACGAGCUGGGCGCCGACGUCGGUUUUAACUACCGAAAGGAGUCUGUCGAUGCGGCGCUGAAGCGGUUGGCGCCGGACGGAUUAGACGUGGUAUAUGAGAUGAUUGGAGGGGACCACUUGCAGGCAGCAAUUGAGAACAUGAAAUUCUUUGGGCGAAUCAUCAGCUGUGGCACGGCUUCCCAAUAUAACAAACCUCCCGAGGAGCGGUACGGUAUCACCAACACGUCCGAGAUCUUCCGUCGCCGCAUCAAGAUUCAAGGAUUCAUGUUCCAUGAUAAGGACAUUUUCCAACACGUUAUCAGCUUCUCGAUGACAAUGCCAAGAUUGAUUGCAGAGGGCAAGAUCAAGUCACAAUACACCAUAUUUGAGGGGAUCAGGCAGGCAGAGAAGGCAUUCUUAUCCAUGUUUACCGGUGGCAGCUUUGGUAAAACGGCGCUGAAAAUCAGUGAUGAGUGA